CCGGAGACGGGGCAGUGACGUCAUACGUUGUUUAUGACAGACGCAGCUGAGCAGCCGUUAGUUAGCGUUAGCGGCUGUGCUUUUACCAACAGCACUGAGCACAUGUGGGCGACACAGUACAUACAAUGGUCCAAACCUGCUAAGGGAACAAUAAUGCCAUAGAGGAAGGAGGCACUGCCGAGUCUCCUCCACCGGGGAGGAGAGCUUUCCUCAGAAAUGGCAACUGAACUCCAUGAAACUAUUUUCAUGGCCAAGCAGGAGCGCCACAAAAACCUGUUUCUGAACUACAGAAACCUGAAUAAUUUCCCCGUAGAGCUGCUGAAGGAUGAAGGCCUGCAGUUUCUGGAGAGGCUGUACAUGAAGAGGAACUCGCUCACUACUCUGCCUGACAAUCUUGCUCAGAAGCUCCCCAAUCUAAUUGAACUGUAUUUGCACUCAAACAACAUCGUCAUUAUUCCAGAAGCUAUUGGAAACCUGGCCAGACUGCAGUCCUUGGACCUGAGCAAUAACGCCCUCCAGUUCCUCUGUCCAGAGAUUGGCCGACUGAGGUCUCUGCGGCACCUGAGACUGUCCAAUAACCAGCUGAAAUGCCUUCCUCCAGAGAUCGGUGAUCUGCAGGAACUGGAGACUCUGGACGUGUCAAUGAACCAGCUGGUGUCUUUGCCAGAUCGGCUGCACCGCUGUGUUUCCCUGCAGAAUCUGACAGCGGACCACAACCCGUUGAGCCACGUUCCUCGGCAGCUCUGCUGGCUCCACCGCCUCAACCAGCUCUCUAUGGCUGCCAACCGGCUGACCUUCCUACCGCUCGAUCUGGGCAGAUCACGGGAGCUGCAGUUUGUGUUUGUGGACAACAAUGUGGACCUAAAAGGCCUUCCCUCCUACUUGUAUAACAAGGUCAUCGGCUGCAGCGGGUGCGGUGUGUCAGCCCAGGUGUUGGAGGGUGACCUGGGUGAGGCGCUGGGUGAGGCGCUGAGCGAGGCUCUGGUCGGGCUCCCGGCUGAAGUGAAGGUGGUGGGCUCAGAGACGGAUAAUGUGGUUCCCCUGGAGGAGCUUGCCAUGAGAACCCUGCACCGCAUCUACCACCACCGCUCAAUAGACCUCAACUUGCUGCCUCCCAUCAGCCUCCCAAAGAGCCUGCUGGACCUGCUGCGCUUCCCCCUGGGGCACUGCCACCGCUGCAGUCAAGCCAUGUUCACCAUCAUCUACCCCAAACUCUUCCCCCUCCGUGACACCGCACUGGCAGGAGUGCACCGCAGGACGACUGUGAGUUUUGUGGCCUAUUGCUGCUCCAGUCACUGUCUCCGGACCUUUGACCUUCAAGGAUGAUGUUGUUUUCCCUGCCCGUUUGCACAUUCGCUCAGGAGCUGUUGAGUGGUUUCCAGAGAGUGAUGGACGAUGGCUUUUUUUUGUUUUAAUUUGCGCGGAUCUUGAAGGUCUGUGUGCGUCAGUGCAGGAGCUCUGUGCUCGAUUGACAAUACUAAGAACCACAGAGAAGCAGCCUGUGUGGAUGUUUGGUAGGUCACACCACCGAUGUUUCAACACACUUAAGUCAAAGACUCAAACCUACAUGAUGUUCGUGAGACUAACCAAACGGGAGAAUUGUUCCCAUGUGCACUUGUGAGACGUUUGCCCUCAGGACUUUCUGCCAGAAAGCCUUAUUACUUGGUUAGGUUUAGGAAAAAAGAAAGUCUUUCUGGCAGAAAGCCCUGAAGGUGAACUUCUCCCACAUGCUAUUCCUAUGUGUGUGGUGGGGAUCAAAAUAACUGCUAUGUGUGAAAACUGCACCCAUGUGCUCAUUUAACUAACUCUGUCUAAAAACAGUAUUAGACCUGAAGUAACUACUCACAAAUGGGCACUUUUUAAGAAUAAGCACUAUUUAAUUUUUGUGAAAGCAGUCAUUUUUCACACAGACGUAGCAGACACAUCCCAUUGAUUGUGGAGUCAUAUUUGAGGUAUUAACAUUUGUAGUACAGUUUGUUUUACUGAUUACUGAAGACAAUUUGAAGUGUACUUUAAAAAAAUACGUUUUGAUUUGAUAUGUGUCAUUUUCAGCAGCAGGUGUAGGGACUUUGAACAAAGAGACUGAAGUUUAAUUUAAGUUUAUGUCAUGUUGAAAACAUGCAUUUUUUUUAUCAUUACAUAAACUGCACUCUGUAAAAUGUAUCAGAACCUAAAGUUCAACAGAUUGAACCUUGUAGAGGUUUACCGCCUGCAGCUUGAAGUCAUCAUCUGUAGAGAAUAAGGUUUGUACAUUUGCUGUUGCUUGUGUGUUAAAGGUACUUACUGUUGUACAAUUCUAAUUUAUCAUUUUUUGAUUCUGUUGCAUUUAUCAGUAAAUGUUGACUGAUGUUUGACUUUCA